AUGAACACCGAACUGCGAAGACAAGUCAUCAAUAUCUACAAAGAGCUCCUGGAGAUGGGCAGACAUUAUCCUUUAGGCUAUGACUAUUUUCGAUCACGGCUGCAUAAGGCAUUUAUGUCGAAGGCGAGCUUGACAGACGAGGAGCAGAUACGUCAGGGUAUCAAGCGAGCCGAGUUCGUCAAGAAGGAAAUAGAGGCUUUAUAUUUUCUCAAGAAAUAUCGAUCGAUGAAAAGUCGCUACUCGUGAACCCCGGCUUCCACAUAUACAAAAAAUGUCUCUCCACCAAGGACGCUCCAAUGCCGAGCAACACUCACCGACAACGUGGCUAUCCAUUCGGCAGAAUAGGAAGGUAUCUAUCCUCAGACACCCCGGUCAGGAUUAAUCGCACGUGACCUGGUAUCAACCCAGAUGGACGCGGCAGAGCCAACAAUGCCUGUACGAUAUCAGUCAACUAGCAACGGGGGAUUGUGGUGCACGAUGCCGGCGAGAAGAAGCAGAGCUGAAAAUGCGAGACCGUCCCCGAAAUUCCAGGUGGUUGCGCCCAGCACAAUCGUCCUUACGGCACAGUUUGGCACUCGAUGUCAGUGCUUGGUAUUCUGCCGCGACCGAGGUGGGCUCUCUGGCCCCUGAAGUGGACGUCGCAGGAAACUUGGGCUCUUUGGUGACAGAUACUCGAAGGUUGGACGAGUUGCCAAACAAGAGCCGUUGUCGAACAUCAG